AUGUUCGACUUAUAUCUCUUGACAUUCAAUUGCGCACGCACGCUGGUUGACCCCCAGUCUCUCUCACGAUCUCUCUUUGACGCGCUUCCCAAGGGCGCGCCUGUGCCAGACCUCGUUGCCAUAUCAUUACAAGAAAUCUCGCCUAUCGCCUAUUCCUUCCUAGGCGGCUCCUACCUCAAGCCCUACUUCGACCGCAUCACCACCACAGUACAACUGGCUGCCGAUCUUCACAGUCAUGGCAGCGAGGAGCUCGAGCAUGUCGCAACACGAAGCUUGGGCAUGACGGGCUUGAUGAUAUUCGCAAAGCCCAAGCUUGUGGAGAGGAUUCAAUGGAUACAGUCAGCGGGUGCGGGCGUUGGUUUCGCAAAUAUGGGGAAUAAGGGUGCCAUUGCUAUGCGUGUGGGAAUCUCGCGUCCUGGUUCUGCGGACACGCUCAAUCUGACCUUCGUGGCUGCACAUCUUGCCCCCAUGGAGAGCAACAUCAGCGCGAGGAACAAAGACUGGGAAAAUCUGGUGCGCAACCUCGUCUUCGUCAAUGAUGAUGAUUCGGCGUACAGUGCCAGCGAGGUGACGCCUCUGCUUGCAUCAGCGUCAUCAUCACCGCCAAGUGACCACGACGGAAUGUUUGCUGAUGGCAACUAUGUCUUCUUCUACGGAGAUCUGAACUAUCGAACGCACGACGCGCCACCUGGCCCCGACGAUCACAAGACUUAUCCUCAGCCUACCUCAUCCGAGACAUCACCAAAGCACUAUUCGCAGUUCCUCAAGCAGGACCAACUGGCAAGAGAAAAGGAGGCUAAUCGUACACUACAUGGGUUGCAAGAACUUCCAAUCGACUUUCCGCCAACCUACAAAUAUGCCACACCCAAAGAUGGAGGCGCAAAACCUGCUCACGGCCCAUCAACUACCGAUGAUGUCUGGAACUGGUCCAAGCAUCGAUACCCAUCAUGGUGCGAUCGCAUUCUCUUCUCUUCGCCUGGCCCCAACUCUGAGCUUGAGCCAAUCAAGUACACAGCCUUGCCUGUUCAAGCCACGUCAGAUCACCGGCCCGUGGCUCUAUUUCUGCGCGUGAACGAUAGAACAGUUUCUGGCGAUCAGGGCCAUGUCGUGUCUCGGCCUCCAUUUCCCAUCAAUGCUCAGUGGAAAUCUCGGAGGGACGCUGCCCGAAGAUCAGAAGUCAUCGUUGGCGUACUCUCAUACCUGGCAUUGACCAGCACAGGUAGAGCCAUAUUGGUUGCGUUUAUCGGAGCAGUCCUUGGAGGACUAUGGCUCACUUCUCGUCUCCGGAACUGA